AUGGCUUCCACGAAGGAUCGUCUAGAGGAGUUGGAAGCUAGUUGUGGGAUGAUGCAAGACGAGCUGCAGAAGGUGAAUGUAGCUAUGGUGGAUAUCAAAGGAGAUCUCGAUGAUAAGUUUCGAAGAAUGGAAGAAUCUUUUAACCGUUUAAUGGAAACGGUGGUGAACAAUCGAGAUCUUGGAGGAUCAGCUGGAUCGCGAGGGAGCAGGAGGACAGAAGGAGACCAAACUCAUGUGAACGGAUAUCGCGGGGACCAUGUCAAUCCAUUCGCCGCAACCACAUCCAACGCCAUACCAACAUCCAACGCCAUACCAAUACGUCAUGUGAAACUUGAGUUUCCAAGGUUUCAAGGAGGUGAUCCCACUGAUUGGAUGAUCAAAGUGAAGCAAUAUUUCGAGUACCAUAACAUGCCACCGGAUCAACUUGUGAACUUCACCUCAUUUCAUCUCGAGGGUGUUGCAAGCGGGUGGUGGCAAGCAACGUCAAAGGCGCUUCGGAAUGAUUAUAGACCGAUCACUUGGGAGGUCUUUGAAGAAGAACUGUGGGUACGCUUCGGACCCAACGACAGAGAGAAUUUUCACGAGGCGUUAACCCAGAUCCGACAAACGGGUUCAUUGGAUGAUUAUCAGCAAGAGUUUGAGAGGUUGCAAAACAAGGUUCACAGAUGGUCGCAAGAGGCGUUAGUCGGAGCCUUCAUGGGUGGACUCCACCACUCCAUCUCUAAUGGAAUACGUAUGUUUCAGCCUAAGUCCUUACGCGAAGUUAUUAAUUACGCGCGGUUGAAAGAUGGACAGUUGCAGCGCCAAAGACGGGAGUUUCGCCGACAACCGUUCCGGGCAAUGACCUCAAGCCCAAACACAAGCACAGAAAAUCGCAACAAAGAACCAACAAGCCAAACUCCAAAACGGUUAUCAUGGGAGGAGUUACGGAGGAAGAGGAGUCUUGGUUUGUGCUUCAGCUUCGACGAACGAUACACGCCAGGCCAUAAAUGCAAAAAGCCGCAGCUGUUACUCAUGGAAGCUGAAGACGAUGAGGAAGACGAAGAGGAAGUGCCGAAUGAGACAGUUACAGAACCAGAGAUUACAUUGGAUGCACUUACGGGCUGGGAUUCCCCACGAACCUUGAGAAUUCAGGCAACUAUCAAUCACCGACAAGUGGUAGCCCUCAUCGACAGCGGAGCAACACACAAUUUCAUCAGCGAAAAAGCGGCAAACCGUCUAAACUUGAAGCUGACACCGACAAAACCCUUCACAGUUCGGGUGGCUGAUGGGAAUCCACUACAGUGCACCGGGAAGUAUCACGGGGUGGCGAUUGAUUUAGGCAGCGUCGUAUUCAACAUCGACCUAUACCGUCUACCGAUAACAGGGCUUGAUUUGGUUUUGGGCAUACAAUGGUUGGAGCUGCUGGGUCCAACUGUUUGCGACUGGAAAGCCCAUUGGAUGAAGUUUAAAUGGACCGGCAAUGAACACAUGUUACAAGGAUUAGCAACAGGCCAAAUCAAACAGGCCCAAGAAGAGGAAGUGUUUUAUGAAGCCCGAAAAGGACAUAUGCUAUUUGCAUUACACGUUGUAGACCAAGACGGCGCCGUUCCAGUCAUCCCUGUAAACCUUCAACCCCUUAUCGAUGAAUUCGCCGGAUUGUUCCAAACACCGAAGGAGCUGCCACCAAAUCGCGAUAUUGAGCAUCAGAUUGCAUUAAAGGAAGGCUCAGAUCCAAUGAAUGUACGGCCAUAUAGGUAUGCUCACUUUCAGAAAGAGGAAAUCGAGCGUCAAGUGACAGAGAUGCUGCGAGCCGGUUUGAUUCAGCCAAGUUCUAGUCCAUUUUCAUCCCCUGUUUUGCUCGUCAAGAAAAAAGACGGAUCGUGGCGCUUUUGUACUGACUAUAGAGCAUUGAAUGCGGCAACGAUCAAGGACCGUUUUCCUAUUCCUACGGUGGAAGAUAUGCUCGAUGAGCUUCACGGAGCAAAGGUGUUUACGAAAUUGGAUCUUACUGCGGGCUAUCACCAGGUGCGAGUUCGACCCGAUGAUACACAUAAAACGGCGUUUCGCACUCAUAACGGACAUUAUGAAUAA